AUGAGGGGUAGUAAAAAGAAAGGUCAAAAAAAAGGCAAGAAACAAAAAAACCUAAAGAAUAAAGCACAUCAAAAGAAAUCACAAAAGAUGCCUGGAGAUAUUGAUGAUACGGAGAAUGGGUACCAAGAGGAUGGUGAGAUAUGUCCUCACGUCAAGACUUCCGUAAAACCAAACAAACUUAAGAAGUCAGAAUUUCAAAAGAUUUUUAAGAGCAUAGAAUCCCAAACGUUCUCGGAAAUACAAUGUGAGACGUGCGCAGAGGAAAAGAAAAGUAAAGAGUCAGAUUCGACGCUCGAGACGAUUAAUCCUCCGGAUACUGAAACGACCGAUUCUUCAGACACCGGAAUAACGGAUUCCUCAGGUGCCGAUUCCACGGACGUCGGAAAUAUCGAUUCCUCGAAUGAUGGAGCUUCCAGUUCAAUUAUUGAGUCAGGAGCUUUGGUGAUCUACAACGGUAAUCGCACUGAUGAGGAAAACACACCAAGGAUCUGGAUUUGCAUUCAUUGUGCUAGAACGAGCUGUGGUCGUGAUGACGAAGCACAUGCGUUAAAGCACUAUGAAGAAAACAAGAAUCAUGCGAUUUCAAUGGAUUUAAAAGAAUUUUCUUUUUGGUGUUAUGAAUGCGAUAAGGAGGUGAUUGUUUCCACGGGCAAAAACCAAGUAUUAGCUGAUAUACAUUCACAAUUUCGAAAGGCUUUUAAGAAGGAGGAGUUAAAAGCAUUUGACGAACAAACGAAUAAAAAGGAUUCAAGAUCGCGAAAUAGUUUCAAUCAGAUCAACCAUACUCGCAAUAAAAUUCCAACGCCUGGUUUAUCGAAUCUCGGUAAUACAUGCUUUUUUAAUUCGGUUAUGCAGGUCGUUACUGUAACAUCUGCACUUCGUGAUGUUCUUCAACCUAAUCGUCCUGGUCAGUCCGAUCUUAUUCCGCCAUUAAUAAAUGCGAAGCAGUGUAUCGCUGCUAUUCGUGAUGACGUUGGUCCAUUAACCAAUGCUUUCAAAGAAUUCUUAUCCGUGAUGUGGGAAGGUGAAAGAGAGAUAGUGAGUCCUAGAGACUUGUUCGACCAGAUUACCAGAAAGUGGUCACAAUUCCGCGGCUGGAGACAACAAGAUAGCCAAGAACUCAUGCGAUUUUUAUUUGACGGUAUUAAGAGUGAAGAGCUUGAGUUAAUAAAAAGGGUGUCGAAAAAGAAGAAUGAAGAUCAACUGUCUGAUCAAGGGACAGAUGAUGAGAACAACACCUCAGAAGAAAAACCACCACCACAAGAAUUCGUGUCUUUUAUCGAUGCAUGCUUUGGAGGUAAACUAGCCAGUGUAAUUGUUUGUAAAACAUGUAGAAUGUGUUCUUACUCUUAUGAAGAAUUCUUGGAUGUUUCCUUGCCGAUAAAGUCUAAUAACAAUGAAGGAAGAUUCAAGAAGAUGAAAAAUUUUCUCACCGGAUCAAACAACUCCACACAAAGUUUCUAUAAUAACUCAGAGGACUCCAACCAAAACGGCGAUGACGAAUCUAAUAAUUCGAAUAAAGAAGCAAAACCCGAAGAGUAUUCACCGCUUUUAAAGGAAAUUCCCAAUAGUUCUGAUCGUUCCGCGCAAAAUUCGUGUAUAUCUCUUAUCGACUGCCUGAGGAGUUUCAUGCGAGUAGAGACCUUGGACGGAGAUAAUCUUUUUGCGUGUGGAAAUUGCUGGAAAAAUUCAAAUCACGAAGGUUCUGAUGUAACCGAUGAGAAAAGCGAUGCGGAGGAAGAUGACUCGAUUGAACCGGACGUUCAAGUUGACAAGGCAAUUGGAAAAGAAUUGGAAAAUACAGAAUCACUGAAACAAUCACCAUCUACACCAAUAAAUACUUCAGAAGUGAAUCAUAUGACGAAUACUCAGCCCGAAAAUGGUGCGUCAGAACCGAUGGACGUUUCAGGAGAUAAUUCGACGACGGAUGCUCAAAUUUAUGAGUCUUUCAGACCUCAUAUAACAAGUACGAAUGCGCCUGACGAAAAUUCAAACGAGCCUAUUUCGAGAGAUGAUUCAGAGGAAACUUGUGUAUCAGGUGCGGAUGCGCAAUCUGACGAAAAUCCCCAAAAAUCUGUUUCCGAAGAUUCAGAAGAAACUCGUAUAUCGGGUACGGAUGCGCAAUCUGACGGAAUUUCAAACAAUUCUAUUUCGGAAGGAGCUCACGUAACAAGUACGGAUGCCCAAUCUGAUGAAAAUCAAAACCAUUGUUCGAAUGAUCCAUCGGAUUAUACACCAAUUAAUGGAAAAGACGGUGAGGUUGAUUCGCGUGGUAUGGAGGUCGAUCUACCGGUUCACUCUUCGUCAUCACGAAGCUCACCAUUACAUGAUUCUGAGUCAGAAAAAAAUAAGUCAACAAAGGCUCAACAGUUCAUUCUCCGUGAGGCAUACAAACGCUAUUUGUUUAGUUCAUUGCCGCCUGUCUUGGUCCUUCAUUUAAAGCGUUUUCAACAGACAGGAAAGUGGUCAAUUAGCAUGAAAAAGAUAGAUGAUUUUGUGGAAUUUGAUGAAGAAAUAGAUGUUGGUAAUUUCAUUGUACCGCCGGGAGCAGAUGAUAUCGAUGGAUCCAAAUCAUCAAGAAAAAAGGUUUUUAAUACAAAAUAUCGAUUAUACGGUGUUGUGGUACACAUGGGAAGUCUAUAUAAUGGACACUACAUUGCGUAUGUGCUUUCUAAAAACAUUCUUGGAACGGGAGAACAAUUUGGGGUGCCGGAAUUGAAUCCUGAUGAUUAUGAAGAAGUUGAGAAAAUUCAUUCGAAGUCGGACAUGGUAGGCGAACAUAAACAGUGGAUUUAUUGUAGUGAUAGUAAUGUGCGGAUGGCUAAAGUAGAUGAAGUUUUAAGAAGUGAAGCUUAUCUAUUGUUUUAUGAGCAAGUAAGAUGA